UUUGUUGUUUUUGGAUUUAAAUAGAGUAGGUAGUGUCAUUUCAGAUUAAAAUGUCAAAUGAAAUACAUUUUUUGGAAACAAAUUUUGAAGUGGGUAGCACAUAGGCUAGAGUAGUACCUGUACUGUGCUUUUGUUACAAUCUCAAUGUCACAGUGUUGUAUUGCUAGCAUCAUGCAUAGAAACACAGGCUUGCUAACCACAGUGUGUAUUUUAAUGUGCUUGGCGGUCAACUACACUUUUCCUUUGCAUCGGGGCAGCAAAUCCUUGACCAGUGUCUUUAUAGGAAACAAUACGCCUUCCUGCAAACCUGUAAACCACAUCCAUACGAAAAUUGUAGACAGAACUAAAAAAAUGGCAAAUAAUAUAGAAGAUACAUUGAAAAAAUUAAAAGUUUCUGCUCAAGAAGUGUACCACAGCGCUAUGGAGAAGAAGAAAUUAAGCGAUGAAGAUCUACGCCAGUACGAACAGCUCGUUAUUAUGAAGAAAUACCCAUAUUUGGAUUUCAAAGAACUGGAAUAUAAAUAUAAUUCUGCUAAUAAAAAUACAAGACAGAGUAUGAAUGGAGAUUCUGCUAAUAAUAUUGGGGAAAACGAACCAGCUAUAUGUGAACCUCUAGACAAUAUCAACGUGGAAAUAUUCAAUAGAGGCCUUUCUGGUUUCAGUAUACCAAAGAAAUUUGUCAAAGGUUUGACUUCGAUUACUAAAUUAAAAGAAAAUGAUUUAAAGGCGAUUCAGGAAAAGAUCGAAGGAGUUAAGUCAUUAGACAAAUCGCAAGAUACUUUGCGAAGUCUCAGAAAUUAUAUUGAAUCUUAUGUGUAUAACUAAAUAAAUUAUUUAAUUUAU